AUGACGACGACGAUGCGUCGAUGUUUUUUCCGCGCGUCUUCUUCCCCGUUCUGUUUCAAAGGAGGAAGACGACGAGGAGGAAGUUUUAGAUUUCCUAGAUGUGUUGCGACGCGUUCUUACUCUCUUAGCGACGACGAAAGGAGAGAUGAUGAUGAAUGUAAAGAAGAUGAGAAAGGUUUACUAGUAGGUGGCGCUUCGAUAUACUCAAAACCGGACGUAUACGCGCUCGCGUUCGGCACGUUUCGAGAUUUUCCCAAAGAGGUUGACUUUUUGCACAAACUCUACGAGUCCUCCUCAGGAAAGAAGUUGCGAACGCUCUUGGAGCUCGGAUGCGGUCCGGCGUGGCACUCCAUCGAACACGCGAAGAAGGUACUCAGAGAAGAUAAUAAUAUCGCUAUUACUGCGACGACGAGUAAUAAUAAUAAUAAUAAUAAGAAUCUUAGUAGUAAGAACAACGAUUCCGGAAUCGUUUCCGUCGCUUUAGACGUGAAUAAGGAGAUGGUGUCGUAUGCGAUCGAACGGGCGAGCGAUGAGCGAGCGGUUUUGGACGUCGUGGACGUGGUUUUAGGAGACAUGAGAGAUUUAUCGACGCAUUUACCUGAAAAGUAUUUAAAGUCGGGAGGGUAUUUCGAUUGCGCGACGUUGUUGUUAGGCACCGCGGCACAUUUGUUGACGUGCGAGGACGCGACGCGAACGUUUCGAGAAGCGUUUAAAUGCUUACGCGAGGAUGGAAUUUUCGUCGUCGAAGUCGAACAUCCGAUGACGACGUUGUUUAGCGGCGAGUUGAAGUAUCAAGACGGAGACGAAAACGCCUGGGAGGUGAGUUUAGGUAGAAGUAGAAGUAUUGGUAGGAGUGAUGAUCGUAGUAAUAUUAGUAGUACUAUUAGAAGAGAAGAAGACGAAGAUGCGAGCGAAAGAGAGGAAACGAUGCGCGUCGUCUGGGGCGACCCGGAGAAGGAUUUCUUCGACGCCAAGAAUCAAGUUCUGCACAGAACCGUAUCCGUGCAAAAAUAUUUCAGCGUCGACGUAGCAGCGAGAGACGAUGACGACGACGACGGAGAAGAGGAAGAAGAAGACAAAGAAGACGAAGAAAUAGAAGAAGAAGAAGAAAAUGAUAACUUUGAAGAAGAAGCUGUCAUCAAAGCGCUGUUCGUCCGAGACCCGCACUACGAAUCCAAGGAGAUUGUCAAGUGUAAGCUCUUCACGUUGCCCGAGUUGAUGGCGGUUGCAAACGCCGCGGGGUUCGAGUUCAUCGAGUGUUUCGGAGAUUUAGACGAAACCGUGAGAUUCGAUUCCGAAAACGCUCAGAACAUGGUCGUCUGUUUUCGUAAAAAUGGAGAACGAGAGAAUGAAGAAUAA